AUGUCUUCUACAAUAACCACUGCUGCGACCGUUCAGGUCAACCCAAAUCUGCAUGGCUUUGGUCGCAUGCGUGUUGAUAGCACUGAUCGCCCUUUCGGUGAUUUUCGAGACGAUCUGACUAGAGAUGGUUUCGCCAUUGUCAAAGGCGCUAUUCCCAAAGAAAAGGCUUUAAAGUAUGCGGAUGAGAUGUACUCCUGGCUAGAAGGCUUUGAACUCGGAUUCGACAGAAACAAUCUGUCUACUGUCCACAAAGACAAACUUCCCCUGAUCAAUGAGAAGGGCAUGUGUCUGCACUACGGUCUUCCGCAUGAGAACUUCGUCUGGGGCAUUCGAAGUGAGCCAGGUGUUGUCGAUGCCUUUGAGAAGAUCUAUGAUGAUGAGGAUCUUAUUGUGUCCUUUGAUGCCAUCAACUUUCAAUUCCCCAAUCGUACCGAUAUUGCUCCCAAUAAGCCUUGGCCACACCAGGACCAAGACCCCGAGAAGCAUGGCUUCCGCUGCAUGCAAGGACUGGUAAACCUGCUUCCCAACGGCCCAGAAGACGGUGGACUAAUUGUCUGCCGAGGCAGCCACCUCCUUUCCGAGCAAUUCCACAAAGAGAUGGCCGACGAAGAGAGAAUCCCAGCCUGGACACCAGAAUGGUAUGGCUUCACGGAGCACGGCAUGAAAUGGCUCGAAGACCACGGCUGCAAGUGGGAAAAGCUCAGCGCCGAGCCUGGGGAUCUCCUUCUUUGGGACUCACGCACGCCUCACUACAACCUGAGCCCAAAGAGACACGAGCCGCGCUUUGCUGUUUAUACCUGCUUCAUGCCGGUUGCAGAUGCGACACAAGAGGACCUGCUGCGCAAGAAGGACGCGUUUGAUCGCCGUGUUGGUACCACGCAUUGGCCGAAUGCGAAGCAUACUGGGACCAAUGUCGCCCAGAGGGAUGGGAAGGAAGACCCUCAUAAUCGUUCGAAGCCGCUGGCUGACCCACUUCUAAGUGAGAGGGCUUUCAAGCUCACUGGUAUACCUUCUAUCAAGACUUAG